GGCUCGGCUCGGCUCCCUCUGACACCGUCACGGCCCUGCCCCGCUGCGUCAUCGCGCCCUGCCCGCUUCCAAAAUGGCGGCGGCGGCGGCAGGCAGCCUGCGGCGGGCGGGCUGGCGGCUGUGGCGGGGCCGCGCGGGGCUCAGGUGCCAGCUCUACCCACCCCAGCGGGCCCUCCAUGCCUCAGCUGUACUGAGGAGAGCCUCAGAUGAGCAGAAGAAGGAGCCACUGGCAUCUUCCCCUCAGCAGCAGUUUGACUCACCCCCAACAGACCCCCAGCCUGACCAUGAACCUCAGGGCUCUCGUCCCAGUUACACUGGCCAGGGCGGCCAGGAGUCAGAGGACUAUGAGAGCGAGGAGCAGCUGCAGCACCGAAUCCUCACAGCAGCGCUGGAGUUUGUGCCUGAACAUGGCUGGACGGCAGAAGCCAUUGCAGAGGGAGCCAAGACCCUGGGUCUCUCUGUUGCUGCAGCAGGGAUGUUUCACAGCGAUGGCAGUGAACUGAUCCUGCACUUUGUAUCUCAGUGCAACACCAAGCUGUCUGACCUGUUGGAGCAGGAACAAAAACUAGUGCAGUUGGGUGAGACAGAGAAGAAGCCUACAGAUCAAUUCCUGAGAGAUGCUGUAGAAGCCAGGCUGAGGAUGCUGAUUCCAUAUAUUGAGAAAUGGCCCCAGGCUGUCAGCAUCCUGUUGCUCCCACAUAACAUCCCUUCCAGCCUCAACCUCCUCACCAGCAUGAUUGAUGAUAUAUGGCACUAUGCUGGAGACCAGUCUACGGACUUUAACUGGUACACUCGUCGGGCUGUGCUCACUGGCAUCUACAACACCACAGAACUGGUGAUGAUGCAGGAUUCAUCCCCUGACUUUGAAGAGACUUGGCGCUUCCUGGAAAACCGAAUAGCUGAUGCCAUGAACAUGGGCAAUACAGCUAAGCAGGUACAGUCAACCGGAGAAGCGCUUGCCCAGGGCCUGAUGGGAGCUGCGGUUACUAUCACCAACCUGACGGGGCUGAACCAGCGCCGCUGAUGCCGGAGCCCUCACGCCGGAGCCCGCGGACCGGCGCCGGAGCGAGGACGGGGCCGCCUUCGCCUCCUUCUCCCUCCCGUCUCCAAUAAAGCCCAAGCGCACCCACA